AUGUCUUUCCCGGACACUUGGGCGUUCUCUGUCUGCGCUAAGUCAGGUAGGAGAGGAAUACCAAUUCAAUUUCCCAUGUACCGAAUCUUUGGGUUCGGCAAGGCUUUUUUUGAAGGCCAUAGCUAGCAGGAAAUAGGCCUCACCCGAACCCAAGGACAUAAUGACACCCCUCCUACUCCUAUGUCUAACUAAUUCAAUGGCUUGUUUUCCCCCCCUCAAUACAUUAUGAAAUAUAAGUCUUUGGAUAUGCUUAGUUAGUAGGAAUGUCACCAAAACCGUUAACUUAGCUAGCUAAAUUAUUUAAAGACCCAUCGGACUGUCACGUGUAGCUAAAUCGGUUAAACUAACUAGAUAGCUAUAGUUAGCUAUCUGAGCUCAUUAGCUAGUUAGCAUUAUGGUAUUAUUAUUUUUUUUUUUUUACUGGGAUUUGCUGGUUGGCGUUACAAGAAUAGCUAGCUAAGUAGCUAGCUAGCUAGUAAGGUAGCUAGCCUAACUAUCCAUAAGAUUACUAGCUAACUAGUCAACUAGCUAGCUAUAGAUGUCCUCUAGAAUCCAUGGUGGGUUUCCAAAUUAACAGGCGUGAGCUGGCACAGUUCACACAGUGACAUGUCAGGUAUAUGCAACACUCAUUUAAUACCGCAGAUGGCUAGGUAGUAACUAGUUGUACACAUUCAGGAUUGUCAAGACAUACACUUGAGCCACAACAAUCAUUGCAUAGGCUGCAGUGAUAUUCCCCAGCUAGCAGUUCGUUUGUCUGUUUCUGGUGUAUUUUACAGCUGACCUCUGUUUGAAACUUGCGCCAGAAAUAGCCCGUGUCAUGCCAGGCAUGAAGGUGUCAUGUGUGGAGUUCAUCUGUUCUUAGCUGAGGAACGCUAAACUCCGGUCUCUUAUAUCGAGGAAAGACGUCGGUGGUUGUAUUCGAUAAAAGUUUUUAUUACGUUUUUAUAUAUUUAUUAAGUGUGAAUUUCAGCACCACGCGGAAGAAGAGCAUUUGUAAAUGACAAACAUAGGUGCAGGUAAGCUUUUUCAGAAUUGAUAUUUUUUUACGAGUAUCGACUGACUAAGAAGUCACAGUUAUCAAUACACAACUCGAUAUAAGAUAACGGAGUUGAGCGUUCCUCAGCUACAGCUGUCUCUGCUUCCCCACUUUCACUACACCAAGUUACACCACCACCGAUCUGCUGGAACAAAGACUGUUACCAUGAUAGUCUGAAAGAAGUCCCUGUAAAAAAAAAAAAGACGCAAUACAUAGUCUCUACAAGACAGAAUGUUGAAUAAAAUGAUAUUUAGAAAGACUUUACUGGUUUACAUGCUGUUGGUUCUUUUGGCGGUAGGAGGUGGUAUCCACGGGAACGUGAUGUUUACCCGACUUUUUGCUGUGCUGGUAGUUUCUGUCAGUUGUAUAUUUUAAAUCUGUUGAGGAAUUCCACUUCAUGCACAAUAUGUAAACAGUAGCCGAAUGUAACCGAAUGUAGUGGACAGAAGCAGGUUUCCUUGCAAUCAGCUGGUAGUGUUUUCCAUUCAUUCGGCUCGGCCAUAUUGUGUAAGUGUUUGUCACGUGCGAAUUGCAUCAGUAUUGAAAAAAUAAAUAAAACAGAAAUAUAAACAAUAUCCAGACCAGCAUACUGAAGGUCGGGUUGGUAACACUACUCUGUGGAUAUUUUGUCUCACAUUCCUACCUCCCAAAAGGCAAAAGGACCAACCACACGGACAACCGGUAAAGUAUCAUUUUAUUCAGCAUUCGGGCUUGUAGAGGUCAUGAGAGGAAAAGUUCCUGAUCCAAACGCGCAUUUCUGCCCGACAUAGAAUUCUAUGCAAUUCAACGAACAAAGUAACUAGCUAACCUAUGCCAUGGCCAGUGUUGCCCGAGUAUCUGGGCGUUAGGCAUCUCUAACGCCCAGGAAGCUCAGAUUCAAACUCCCAUUAGACAUCUCUGCAAGCGUUAUGUCAAUAUGUUUUUUUAUGCACCAAAUAAGCAGUUUCGCUGAGUAACUAUCUUCAUUUAGUCCCGUUACGGCCAGUAUGUACUUCCAAAAAGGAACAAAUAAAACAUUUACAAGCAACUGAAGAAAUGCCUAUUCAGCACCUCUCAAGGAUUGCCACUCACAAGAGAAAAGAGGGGGAUAACAUGUAUAUCAAAGGUUCAGGAAAGGGGAGGAUAAAAUGUUUAUCAAAGGUGCAGGAAAGAGGGGGAUAACAUGUGCGUCGAAGGUGACUCAUUCACUGUGUCAGUUCUGUGGCAUUGAACUCCAGCUAUGUUAUUAGUUCAUGUCUGAAUUCAGGAACACGUGGUGGCAAGCAGUAGACCCAGAUGUUUUGUCUCGUUAUACUGAGAUGCAGGGGUGUUCUCAGUACGACAGAACGGUGCGCGCCGUUACAUUCAAUGGAAAUGGUACUGAACAUCCUGUUGAAAAACGUUGUGAUUAUGGUGGCCCAGAGGGGCUAUUGUGUACGGUGUGCUGCACGAGUUAUCCGAUUUCAGUCACACCCAUAUAGAUCAGCCCACACCUCGCCACACCCACCAAACAGGAGCAAACGUCCCUAAAGGGCUGUUGAAGAACGGUGCGCACCGUUUUGGGGGGAAACGUGUUGUUCGGUACAAACCAUCAAGCAACGUAGCAAAUGUUGAACUGAACUGAACGCACCCCCAGUUCUUCGUUUGUGUUUUUGAACAAAGCUGUUUGUUUGAAUCAUGGAGAUCUUUAAUCUAAGCACACCUGCACAGUCUUUGCCUCAACUGCUACAAAUUCAAAACUCCCAUUAUGCAACCAAACAUAUUGAAUGAAGAUGCAGGCCGAUUGAUUCUGAAACAGCCCAGCGAAGAAUUCAAUUGAAAGGAUAUUUAUCUUCCUCCCUUUCGCAUUUCUUUUCAGGGGAAUAAUGUGCUGGCUGGAAGGACUGCUUCGGGUGAGUGGGCCGUUCUCUUUCUGUGUCUGCAGGGUUAAGCAGUACAGGGUCCUGUUCAUUAGGGCACACCGUAAAACAAAACGUUUUGCAACGGAAAACAAAAACAAGCUUUCCUCAUUGGACAAGUCCAUGUAAGCCCUUCCCCGUUUCAGUCCGUUUUUGUUCCGUUGUGUGCCUGAUGAACACGGCCCACACAGGACUAAUGUAAGAUCAGAGGCCUUUGUUCCUCGUUAUAAAUCUGAAUAAACAUGUUCUGUAUGGAUGGUGAUUCAUGGCUCAGAAGACUGUAAUGUUCAUUAAGUAUCAAAGAGCACUGAAGGGCCAGUGAGUGGUUAAAUAUGCCCCCAUCAUCAAGGAGCUGUUAAUGCAUUCGCCCGGGCCAGGGUUCUCAAGAAGACUGACUCAACAGUGGCAGCCAUGGUUAUCAUCCUGUUAAUAAUUAUUAUAAUAAUAUAUCUCUGUCUCUCUCCCUCUCUCUCUGUCUCUCUCCCUCUCUCUCUGUCUCUCUUUCUCGGUCUCUGUCUCUGUCUCUCUCCCUCUCUCUCUGUCUCUCUCCCCCUCUCUCUGUCUCUCUCCCUCUCUCUCUGUCUCUCUCCCUCUCUCUCUGUCUCUCUCCCUCUCUCUCUGUCUCUCUCCCUCUCUCUCUGUCUCUCCUUCUCGGUCUCUGUCUCUCUCUCCCUCUCUCUCUGUCUCUCUUUCUCUGUCUCUCUCUGUCUCUCUCCCUCUCUCUCUCUCUCUCUCUCCCUCUCUCUCUGUCUCUCUCCCUCUCUCUCUGUCUCUCUCCCUCUCUCUCUGUCUGUCUCUCUCUGUCUCUGUCUCUCUCUGUCUCUCUUUCUCUGUCUCUCUUUCUCUGUCUCUCUCUUCUAUCUCCUUGAAGGCCUCUCUGCUGGCAACAGGGUUGUCUACAGGAACAGUCAGUUGUAAGUGUCCUCCCUGUCCUGGGUUUAUCUCAGUAUGUUUUGCCUCAGGCUGACAAACACAAAUCUGAAGACGUCCCAUGCAUUUCUGUCUGCUGCAGAAUACGUUUCAGUCUUUGUAAUGUGUGUUGCACUUAGUUUUAAGCCACUUGUUUUUAAAACGGGCUACUCCAUAGGCUGCUACAUAAUAACGUGUUUUCUUCUUCUGUGUUUUAGAUGUGAAUCUCUGUCAUCCGUUGGCGUCUUCCGCAUCAGAUACUUCAAGACGUCCGCAGCACACAGUAAGUUUUCAAACCCCAGUCUCGUCUGCCUUCUGGGACCUGUGUAUUAAAACAAGUCGCUGUAUUAAAUAAAAUCUCACUCUGACGUUUUUGUUUUCCAUCAGGGGAUGAAGUUGUCAUCGUCAACACCCCUCCGUUCUCUGAGUCGAUCACAGAAGGGGACGUGAGGUGGGAGAAAGGUAGGUGUCCUGGCUUUUUUAUGUGGAGCCAGCUCAUGUUUAGUAUCUUGUUCCCUAACACCUACCUAGUAACACCUACCUAGUAACACCUACCUAGUAACAGCUACCUAGUAACACCUACCUAGUAACACCUACCUAGUAACAGCUACCUAGUAACACCUACCUAGUAAUACCUACCUAGUAACACCUACCUAGUAAUACCUACCUUUGGUAUUUUCCAGCUGUUGGAGAUUCAGUAAAAGAGGAUGAGGUGGUGUGUGAGAUCGAGACUGAUAAGGUACUGUAUACACCAAGAAGUCACAAAUUAUAAUGGAAUACAAAAUAGAGCCAUGACUGUUUUUAAAAAGCAAUUUGUGUAAUAAAGAAAUGGCAUUGAUGAUCAGAUAUUUAGAGGAGGCGAGCUAUCAAAUGCUGAAAUGUAGUGAGUUUGUAAUUUCACCAACUGUUUGAUAAGAAGAAUACAUUUUCUCUCAGACCUCGUUGCAGGUGCCAUCUCCGUCGGCCGGUGUGAUCACGGAGCUGCUUGUGCCAGAUGGGGGGAGGGUAGAGGCCGGGAAUCCCCUCUUCAAACUCAAAAAAGGAGGUAGGCUCUCUCCCCCUUUCGUCUCUCUCAUCCAACUGAUCCUGUCAUCGUCAUACACAUAGUACCAACUUGUCAUUCGUAUCAGGAGAUGAUCUGAAAAUCACACAAUCAGGAUUUUUAAUGUCUCUUCUUCUCUGGUCAGCUGCAGCAGCAGCCUCUGUCCCAGCAGCCUCUGUCCCAGCAGCGGAGGUCCCAGCAGCAGCCGCCUCUGUCCCAGCCCCGGCCGCCGUCCCUGUCGCCAUGCCCACACAAGCAGCCCACGCCAAACCUGGUACGACAGCUGCUCAACUGUUACAAACGUACAUCAGAUUCAUGUUAACUUGAGUGAAAUUAUAAAAAAAUAUAUAUUUAAGCAGGGGGUCUAACUAACACUUUGAUCAUUAUAAGCUUUUUUGCAUAAUAAAGUCUGUCUUUUGCUCUCUCUCUCUUUCUAGUUUCUGCGGUCAAGCCCACUGCACCAGUACCAGUACCAGCAGCAGCUCAUGGGACCAGGACAGAGAGCAGGGUAAGUCCUCUGCUUUAGGUCAACACUUCCAUACUAACAGAACUAGAUGAAAUAGCAGGGUAAGUCCUCUCCACACCAGGUCAGCCUUAGGUCAACACUCCCAAACUAACAGAACUAGAUGAAAUAGCAGGGUAAGUCCUCUCCACACCAGGUCAGCCUUAGGUCAACACUUCCAUACUAACAGAACUAGAUGAAAUAGCAGGGUGAGACCUCUCCACACCAGGUCAGCCUUAGGUCAACACUUCCAUACUAACAGAACUAGAUGAAAUAGCAGGGUGAGACCUCUCCACACCAGGUCAGCCUUAGGUCAACACUCCCAUACUAACAGAACUAGAUGAAAUAGCAGGGUGAGACCUCUCCACACCAGGUCAGCUUUAGGUCAACACUCCCAUACUAACAGAACUAGAUGAAAUAGCAGGGUGAGACCUCUCCACACCAGGUCAGCCUUAGGUCAACACUCCCAUACUAACAGAACUAGAUGAAAUAGCAGGGUGAGACCUCUCCACACCAGGUCAGCCUUAGGUCAACACUUCCAUACUAACAGAACUAGAUGAAAUAGCAGGGUGAGACCUCUCCACACCAGGUCAGCCUUAGGUCAACACUUCCAUACUAACAGAACUAGAUGAAAUAGCAGGGUGAGACCUCUCCACACCAGGUCAGCUUUAGGUCAACACUUCCAUGCUAACAGAACUAGAUGAAAUAGCAGGGUGAGACCUCUCCACACCAGGUCAGCUUUAGGUCAACACUUCCAUGCUAACAGAACUAGAUGAAAUAGCAGGGAAAGGCCUUGGGCUGGUUUCAAACCAAGAGAAGUGUCUUGCUGUUUGUUUAUUGAGAAACCAAACAGGUGCUCCCAACCAAUUGUCUUAUUAUUCCUCCAGGUGAAGAUGAAUCGCAUGAGGCUGAGGAUCGCCCAGAGGCUGAAGGAAGCUCAGGAGACCUGUGCCAUGCUCACCACCUUCAACGAGAUAGACAUGAGGUACUGUUCAAUCCCACUUCGUUCAUCCCCUACGGUCAAGUGGUUCCAGGCCAACAGCGGUUGCAAACAUACAGAUAUAGACGCUUAACAAAUGGCGUCUUUUUUUACUCUUGUAAAUGUUGUUGUUGUCCACCAAAUGACCACCCAGUAGGAAGCUCCCUUUAAUGGUGGUUCUCUCCCAUCCCUCACACCCUCCUUUAAUGGUGGUUCUCUCCCAUCCCUCACACCCUCCUUUAAUGGUGGUUCUCUCCCAUCCCUCACACCCUCCUUUAAUGGUGGUUCUCUCCCAUCCCUCACACCCUCCUUUAAUGGUGGUUCUCUCCCAUCCCUCACACCCUCCUUUAAUGGUGGUUCUCUCCCAUCCCUCACACCCUCCUUUAAUGGUGGUUCUCUCCCAUCCCUCACACCCUCCUUUAAUGGUUGUUCUCUCCCAUCCCUCACACCCUCCUUUAAUGGUUGUUCUCUCCCAUCCCUCACACCCUCCUUUAAUGGUGGUUCUCUCCCAUCCCUCACACCCUCCUUUAAUGGUGGUUCUCUCCCAUCCCUCACACCCUCCUUUAAUGGUUGUUCUCUCCCAUCCCUCACACCCUCCUUUAAUGGUUGUUCUCUCCCAUCCCUCACACCCUCCUUUAAUGGUGGUUCUCUCCCAUCCCUCACACCCUCCUGUAAUGGUGGUUCUCUCCCAUCCCUCCGUAGCAACAUCCAGGAGAUGAGGAAGCUCCAUAAAGAUGCUUUCCUGAAGCGACACAACAUCAAGCUGGGCUUCAUGUCAGCCUUCGUUAAGGCUUCAGCACACGCUCUCAUGGACCAGCCUUCUGUCAAUGGAGGUAAGACCCUCUACCCACAGACCGCAUCUCUACCCACAGACUGCCCACAGACUGCCCCUCUACCCACAGACUGCCCCUCUACCCACAGACUGCCCCUCUACCCAACCCACAGACUGCCCCUCUACCCACAGACUGCCCUCUACCCACAGACUGCCCCUCUACCCACAGACUGCCCCUCUACCCACAGACUACCCCUCUACCCACAGACUACCCCUCUAGCCAAAGACUACCCCUCUACCCACAGACUACCCCUCUAGCCCAAAGACUACCCCUCUACCCACAGACUACCCCUCUACCCACAGACUACCCCUCUAGCCAAAGACUACCCCUCUACCCACAGACUACCCCUCUACCCACAGACUGCCCCUCUACCCACAGACUGCCCCUCUACCCACAGACUGCCCCUCUACCCACAGACUGCCCCUCUACCCACAGACUGCCCCUCUACCCACAGACUGCCCCUCUACCCACAGACUGCCCCUCUACCCACAGACUGGCCCCUCUACCCACAGACUGUGCCCCUCUACCCACAGACUGUGCCCCUCUACCCACAGACUGUGCCCCUCUACCCACAGACUGUGCCCCUCUACCCACAGACUGUGCCCCUCUACCCACAGACUGUGCCCCUCUACCCACAGACUGUGCCCCUCUACCCACAGACUGUGCCCCUCUACCCACAGACUGUGCCCCUCUACCCACAGACUGUGCCCCUCUACCCACAGACUGUGCCCCUCUACCCACAGACUGCCUCUCUACCCACAGACUACCCCUCUACCCACAGACUACCCCUCUACCCACAGACUACCUCUAUCUCUGUUGGAGGUAAGACUCUUUACAGGCAAAAUUCCAGUAACUUCCGGAAGAUUCCCGGAAUCAGGAUAGAAUAAGCAGGAAAUCCAGAAUCCUCCAACCAGGGAGUUUUCAGAUAGUUACCAGAAUUUUGCAACCCUACUUCCAACACCACAGAGACUUAUUUCAAUCGUUACAUGUUAAAGUCAAUGGGCUUUGAUGAAGUUAUAUGGGAUUCUGUUGCUGUGACAGCUCAUAAUUACUUACAAGUCUCAAACUGAAUUUCUUUACCAGAGACCCCAGAAUGGAUGAAAUGAAACAGACACAGCAUUGAAGUCAAAAUGUGAGAAUGAUGUUCAUGUUUGUCUUUUUCCCCUCCCCAGUGAUUGAUGAUACAACCAAAGAGAUCGUGUACAGGGAUUAUGUUGACAUCAGUGUGGCUGUGGCCACUCCCAAGGUAAGGCACCGAGGACAUGUGACCUUUACAUUCUAUUCUCUUAACUUAAUGGGUUUUGUAACUGCCCCUAAUUGUCAUGUCUGGGUCCAGGGCUAAUGGGUGGGAGGCUUGACCAAAUCUAAACAUGAAAUAGUUGUAUUCUUUAUUUUCUUUUUGAUUGAUCAUGGGCUAGUGCUCCUUGUAUCGUAGAGCAUAGUGUGUUGUUUUCUCUGUGUUGGUGUUGUUUUCUCUGUGUUGGUGUUCUUUUCUCUGUGCUGGUGUUCUUUUCUCUGUGCUGGUGUUCUUUUCUCUGUGCUGGUGUUCUUUUCUCUGUGCUGGUGUUGUUUUCUCUGUGCUGGUGUUGUUUUCUCUGUGCUGGUGUUCUUUUCUCUGUGCUGGUGUUCUUUUCUCUGUGCUGGUGUUCUUUUCUCUGUGUUGGUGUUCUUUUCUCUGUGCUGGUGUUCUUUUCUCUGUGCUGGUGUUCUUUUCUCUGUGUUGGUGUUCUUUUCUCUGUGCUGGUGUUCUUUUCUCUGUGCUGGUGUUCUUUUCUCUGUGCUGGUGUUCUUUUCUCUGUGCUGGUGUUCUUUUCUCUGUGCUGGUGUUCUUUUCUCUGUGCUGGUGUUCUUUUCUCUGUGCUGGUGUUGUUUUCUCUGUGCUGGUGUUCUUUUCGCUGUGCUGGUGUUCUUUUCGCUGUGCUGGUGUUCUUUUCUCUGUGCUGGUGUUCUUUUCGCUGUGCUGGUGUUCUUUUCUCUGUGCUGGUGUUGUUUUCUCUGUGCUGGUGUUCUUUUCGCUGUGCUGGUGUUCUUUUCGCUGUGCUGGUGUUCUUUUCUCUGUGCUGGUGUUCUUUUCUCUGUGCUGGUGUUCUUUUCUCUGCGCUGGUGUUGUUUUCUCUGUGCUGGUGUUCUUUUCGCUGUGUUGGUGUUAUUUUCGCUGUGUUGGUGUUAUUUUCUCUGUGCUGGUGGUGUUUUCUCUGUGCUGGUGUUGUUUUCUCUGUGCUGGUGUUGUUUUCUCUGUGCUGGUGUUGUUUUCUCUGUGCUGGUGUUGUUUUCUCUGCUGGUGUUGUUUUCUCUGUGCUGGUGUUCUUUUCUCUGUGUUGGGUGAAAAUUCUAUACAAAUGUAACCAGAAAAGUCAGGGUUUCUUGCUUGUAAAUGUGGUCUCAUCUGCUCCCCUUCACCAGGGACUGGUUGUACCGGUUAUUCGCAACGUAGAGACCAUGAACUUUGCUGACAUUGAGAAAACCAUCAACGGUCUGGGAGAGAAGGUACAACGCUUUGUUUGAAUGGGAUGAAUGAGUCACUGUUGUAGACAUUUUUAUUUUAUUUCACCUUUAUUUAACCAGGUAAGCCAGUUGAGAACAAGUUCUCAUUUACAACUGCGACCUGGCCAAGAUAAAGCAAAGCAGUGCGAUUAAAAACAACAACUACACAGAGUUACACAUGGGGUAAACAAAAACAUACAGUCAAUAACACAAUAAGAUCUAACAGUUACGGUUUAAGGUUGUGCCUUUAGUCACAACAUCAAUAGGAUGACACCACCCUGUGAUAAACGGCGCCAAGAAGUUCUUCAAACGGGAGAUCGAUGAAAACAAAUGGCAUUGAGUAAAGGCAGAACUGACUCCUGUGUUGUGUCCAGGCUCGUAACAAUACGCUGGCUGUGGAGGACAUGGAUGGGGGGACCUUCACCAUCAGUAACGGAGGAGUGUUCGGUUCCAUGUUCGGCACGCCCAUCAUCAACCCACCCCAGUCUGCCAUCCUGGGCAUGCACGGCAUCUUCGACAGGCCUGUGGCCAUCGGCGGCAAGGUGGGUCACACCCGCAGUGCAUGAGCUUCUGUAUGUCAACAAAUGAAAUUCAUCUCAAUCCAGAAGUUGAAUUGGACAUUAUUUGCCGCAAAUGUAUGCAUGUUGUCAUGUCAACAGUUAUCAUUUCUAAAAUCUAGCUACUAUAUAUUACGUUUCAAUUUCAACCUCAGUCAGCUACUAUAUGUACCUUUCAAUUUCAACCUCAGUCAGUUAUAUUAUCAUGAUUUAUUAUGACUAAAUGACAGUGGUACAGCCAGUUAUAUUAUUAUGACUAAAUGACAGUGGUACAGCCAGUUAUAUUAAUAUGACUAAAUGACAGUGGUACAGCCAGUUAUAUUAUUAUGACUAAAUGACAGUGGUACAGCCAGUUAUAUUAUUAUGACUAAAUGACAGUGGUACAGCCAGUUAUAUUAUUAUGACUAAAUGACAGUGGUACAGCCAGUUAUAUUAUUAUGACUAAAUGACAGUGGUACAGCCAGUUAUAUUAUUAUGACUAAAUGACAGUGGUACAGCCAGUUAUAUUAUUAUGACUAAAUGACAGUGGUACAGCCAGUUAUAUUAUUAUGACUAAAUGACAGUGGUACAGCCAGUUAUAUUAUUAUGACUAAAUGACAGUGGUACAGCCAGUUAUAUUAUUAUGACUAAAUGACAGUGGUACAGCCAGUUAUAUUAUUAUGACUAAAUGACAGUGGUACAGCCAGUUAUAUUAAUAUGACUAAAUGACAGUGGUACAGCCAGUUAUAUUAUUAUGACUAAAUGACAGUGGUACAGCCAGUUAUAUUAUUAUGACUAAAUGACAGUGGUACAGCCAGUUAUAUUAAUAUGACUAAAUGACAGUGGUACAGCCAGUUAUAUUAAUAUGACUAAAUGACAGUGGUACAGCCAGUUAUAUUAAUAUGACUAAAUGACAGUGGUACAGCCAGUUAUAUUAAUAUGACUAAAUGACAGUGGUACAGCCAGUUAUAUUAUUAUGACUAAAUGACAGUGGUACAGCCAGUUAUAUUAAUGACAGUGGUACAGCCAGUCAGUUGAAUGGAGUAGCUACUAGUUCUUGUUAUCAUCUGAUAUUUGAUCUCCCUCUCUCCAUCAGGUGGAGAUCCGGCCCAUGAUGUACGUGGCUCUGACGUACGACCAUCGGCUGGUCGACGGCAGAGAGGCCGUCACCUUCCUGCGGAAGAUCAAGUCAGUGGUGGAGGACCCCCGUGUUCUACUGCUGGACAUGUGAUUCCAGCCUCCCAUCGCUGCAACAGGGCCACAUUCAGGACGCAGUAAUGCUGCCUAACAUUAGAGAGGGCUACGCUACAACGCAGAAUCAAUGAGUUAGCCAGCUAACUU